CUCAAUAGGUAAAACGUUCUAGGAGUAAAGGAGGACUGGCUGGGCCUGAUGGUACAAAGUCAGUGUUUGGACAGAUGUGUGCUAAAAUGAGUUCCUUUAGCCCUGAUAGCCUUCUGCUUCCUCAUCGUGUUUGGAAAGUCAAGUUUGUUGGUGAAUCUGUGGAUGAUUGCGGUGGAGGUUACAGUGAAUCGAUAGCGGAAAUGUGCGAGGAGCUUCAGAAUGGGCUGACCCCUCUGUUAAUUGUGACACCAAAUGGAAGAGAUGAAUCUGGAGCAAACAGGGAUUGUUUCCUGUUAAAUCCUGCUGCCAAGUCACUCUUGCACAUGAACAUGUUCCGUUUUCUUGGUGUACUUCUGGGCAUUGCUAUCCGGACUGGCAGCCCUCUGAGCCUCAACCUGGCUGAGCCAGUGUGGAAACAGCUUGCAGGAAUGAACCUAACAAUUGCUGAUCUCAGUGAGGUUGAUAAAGAUUUUAUUCCUGGGCUUAUGUACAUUCGAGAUAAUGAAGCUACUUCAGAAGAAUUUGAAGCUAUGAGCCUCCCAUUCACUGUGCCUAAUGCAAGUGGGCAGGAUAUUCAGCUGAGUUCCAAGUACACCCAUAUUACACUGGAUAACAGAGCUGAAUAUGUGAGGCUGGCAAUAAACUACAGGCUUCAUGAAUUUGACGAACAAGUUGCAGCAGUUCGUGAGGGGAUGGCCCGUGUUGUUCCAGUUCCUCUACUUUCACUCUUUACAGGAUACGAACUGGAAACUAUGGUAUGUGGAAGCCCGGAUAUUCCGCUUCACCUUCUGAAAUCUGUGGCCACUUACAAAGGCAUUGAGCCAACUGCUUCCUUGAUACAGUGGUUCUGGGAAGUGAUGGAGUCCUUCUCCAACACAGAGCGGUCUCUCUUCCUGCGUUUUGUGUGGGGCAGAACAAGGCUGCCCAGGACUAUUGCGGACUUUAGAGGGAGGGACUUUGUUAUUCAGGUAUUGGAUAAAUACAAUCCUCCAGACCACUUCCUUCCCGAGUCGUACACUUGUUUCUUUCUCCUGAAGCUGCCCAGAUACUCCUGUAAGCAAGUACUGGAGGAAAAACUGAAGUACGCCAUUCACUUCUGCAAGUCCAUAGACACUGACGAUUAUGCCCGGAUAGCUCUGACAGGAGAGCCAGCAGCUGAUGACAGUAGUGAUGAUUCUGAUAAUGAAGAUGCAGAUUCUUUCGCUUCGGAUUCUACGCAGGACUACUUAACAGGCCAUUAAAAAAUUAUAUAAGGGAUAGUUCUCAGAAGCACUGAGGCCAAAGGCCAAAAUGACAGUGAAGCCAAGGACAGUUUAGGUCUCAGAAUAUAGAGCGUGUAGUCAAAGGGAUGGUCAUCUUUUGAAGGUGGAGAAAAGUGUGUCUGCUACUUCCCGUAGGAAUUAUGGGCUACAGCUUAAACCAUCAGCUUAGGAUAAACAGCACAGUAUGUGGGCAUUUAACAUUUAUGUUAAGAGCUGAAAGUGGCCCCCCAUAAUGCUGCACUACAUUUAGAACCUUUGUGUUUACUGAAGUGUUGUAAAUGUUUAUAUAAAUAUGGUAGUGCAGCAUCCAAAAGGCAGUGGAACCUUUGAGUUGUGGGUUCAAUAGUUUUUUUUUUUCAUAUUAAGUGUCGUGUUCUGUGCAUCUUCUUGAUUGUAUAUUGGAAAUACUGUGUAACAACUGAAUAGUAUUAUAAAUAUUUCAAUUAACUUUACUAGAAGUUUGUUAAAAAUUUUUGAACAUUAAAUUAACGUUAUUCCUUAAAAUUCUUCUAUAGAUAAUAAAAAUGGCCAAUAGUUUCACCUCCACCCCUGGUUUGUAUAUUUUAGCUUAUGCAUUAUUUAUCUCAAAUUUGAUACCUUUCUGUGAACAGCAUCAUAAUUCUCAUCAUGGAAAGUGUACUGUAUAUAAUUUGUGCCAUGUAAAUGCAAAAGUUAUAAUUUCCCUCCAAAUAAAAGUUCUGCCACAGA